AUGCUUUUAUCGCAAACGGAACAGCUGCCGAAAGUCAACGAUAUACAUACACCAAACUCGCUCGACAGAGAACAAGAUCAGCCUAUGAGAGACGACAGUAAUGAUGAAUCACAAUCAGAAAUCGUCGUCUUGGGCACAAGCGUUGUCUGUGACGAUUCAACAUCGCCAGCAUCUACUUUCCGCUCAACAGAAGCAGAGCCACCCACCUGGUUAGGAAUACCGGUGCCUGUAUUGACGGACCUUGUUCACAUCUUUUUCUCCAAGACCCAGGGAUGGCUUCCGCUCCUUCACAAACCACGAUUCUUCGCACGAUUCAUGAACAACGGCGCAUUCGAUGACAGAAACUACUCCAACACCGAAGCAUUGCUGCUCUGCGGCAUGUUUGCCUUGGCAGCUCGUCACUCCACCAAUUCUUGGUUUCAUAGCAGUCCAGCACCAGACCGCGGACAGGCCUUUAUGGAGAAGGCCAACACAUAUUACGAGAAGUGUCAACCGGACCAAACACCAAGCCUCGAAUACCUGCAGGGCUGCAUAUUGCUAGCUGCUUACGAAUAUGCUUCUGGCCCAUCCCACCGUGCCUGGAUCCUUGCGGGCGUUUGUAUCCGCCUAGCCUACGACCUAAACCUGUGUAGCAUGGACGAGCAGGAUGAAUCAAGCGACUGGUCAAUUCUGGAAGAGCAGCGUCGUGCGUUUUGGAUCACCUGGGAACUCGACACUUUUGGCUCCCUCAUGUCAAGACGGCCAAGUUCCAUCACCCGGUCACUGGUAAUGGUCAAGCUUCCGGUUAGUGAUGAAGCAUGGUUUGCUGACCGACCUGUUGAGUCACCUGUUGUCGACCCAAGACCCAGCGAGGUCUGGAAGCUCCUUAUCGACUCUCCGAACCAGGACCCGAGAGCAUGGUUUCUCAUAGCCAAUAUUCUCUUGAGUGUCGCAAGUGAAUUUGCAGCGGGUCGAUUCACUUGUCAGCGGGAUAAGGAAGAGCUCAUUGAUGCUAUUACGUGCUUUUCACUUGCCAUGUCGCAGAGGUUCAACCUGGAGACACUGGAGUUAGAGACGUCUUCGGGCGAUGCGGCGAGACAUAACUGGAUCAUUGGCAUGCAUCUCAUGUUGACUUGCACUCGCACGACCAUACAGGCCACCUUCAAGCCCGAAAAUCCCGAGACAUUACGUUCGCCUCGCCAUUUAUCUCGGAUAUUCUAUCAUUGGUAUCCGGACUACAUUCCUCUAUGUCAACCUUUCCUGGCAUGCUGUCUGCUAUCAGACCGAGCAUACCCGUCAAAGGAUAUGACUGAUGCUUCAUAUACCGGAUACCACAAUAGUGAGCUGGUCAGUCUGGUCCUAUCGCAGUAUGCCACUGUAUGGAACCUUGCCUCAAUCAUAAUAAAUCUGAAGGCUUCGUUGAUGCGCCGUGACAAGGAUAACUCAUUUGAGAAACGAUUUGCAUUAUUCUUUCCCUCACGGGUUCCCAAUAAUCGGAAAGAUGAUCAGGCUGCCAUAAGUGGAGGGCUCGAUGUCGAGGAACUGAGAAGUGAGAACAUAUCAGCAGAGAGCGGUUCUGAUGACAGUGACCUGCAGCAACUUCUUCAGCCGACGGAAUUGGGAGAUGCAGAGACUUUGAUGACAGAACUUGCCAAUAUGGCUGGAAGGGGAUUACCAAGAUAUGUGCCAGGAGAUACUCAACCCGAGUGGAACAGCGGCAUUUCUCCCAAUUUUCUUGACGAAGAUCAUCAGCAUCUCAAUUACCUACAGUUGUGA